AAAACAGAACAAAAACAAACAAACAAAAAAACAAAAAUGGAAGAGAGAAAGAGAAAUGGAGCAGAAACUGGCAAUUUGGAAGGUGUGAUGGGAGUUUGUUGGAAGUUCCAAAUUCAUAUUUUCUUGGUGAGAAAUGAAGUAGACCUUCAAUUGUGAAUGAGGAUAAGGUACAGAUGACAGAGCUGUUGAGGAAAGGGCAGUUGGCAGGAGACAGUAAUCUAGAUGGAGUGUGAGAAUGAAUUUGGAGGGGCAAGAUUCCAAGCUUGGCCCAUAGGAAUGCUAGGUAAGCUGGGAGCUGAGGGAUGUGAUUUGUCCUCACCUGUUUAAUUGAGCCUCUGCCCAUCUGUCCAGGCUGUCUUCCAUCUACCCUUGUCUGCUUCUACUUCUGGGAUGCACAGACUGCUUUUCAAGUUUUAGACAACCUCAGGUGCUUUCCAUCUUUUACCUCUGCCAGCAAUUCUUCCCUUUACUGGUUGAAGGGUCUGGAAGACACCUAAGUGGUGAGGACUGAGAGACAAGCCAGGGGUUUGGAUGGGCUAGAGAGGCUGGGAGAAGAGACUGGAGUGGAGAAGAAAUUCCACAUGUUAUUGACAUAUUUCUUCAUGAAGUCCCUGUGUCACCAAACUUAUGUUCUAGUUAGGAAAUGGAUGUCUAAUGGAGAAAAAUGAAGCAGGAAAGAUGACCGUGGAAGGAGUGACCACUGAGAGAUCACCUGAUGAUGGGGUGUAGCCCUGUGUUUGCCAUGCAGCACAUCAUGGAUGUACCCCACAUAUUGGUGCGAAGGGGUCUCCUUGGAAGGGACCUCUUUGUGACCAGGACUCUCUGCAGCCCAGGCCCUAGCCAGCCUGGGGAGAAGCGACAAGAGGAGGCGGCCCUUGGGCUGUAUCACCGCCUCCCAGCCCUGGGAAGAGCCCUAGGGCACAACAUUCAGCAACGGGCAACCUCUACAGCCAAGACUUGGUGGGACAGAUAUGAAGAGUUUGUUGGACUUAAUGAGGUUCAAGAGGCCCAGGGAAAUGUGACUGAGGCUGAGAAAGUAUUCAUGGUGGCUCGUGGGCUUGUCCGAGAGGCUCGGGAAGACUUGGAAGUUCAGCAAGCUAAGCUGAAGGAGGUGAGGGACCGCUUGGACCGUGUCUCUAGGGAAGAUAACCAGUACCUGGAACUGGCUACUCUGGAGCACAGGAUGCUGCAGGAGGAGAAGAGGCUCCGCAUGGCCUACAUGCGUGCAGAAGACUCUGAACGUGAGAAGUUCUCCCUUUUUUCUGCAGCUGUGCGUGAGAGUCAUGAGAAGGAGCGUGCAAGAGCCGAGAGGACCAAGAACUGGUCCCUCAUUGGGUCAGUCCUGGGAGCUCUGAUUGGUGUGGCUGGCUCCACAUAUGUCAACCGUGUUCGGCUACAGGAGCUAAAGGCUUUACUCCUGGAGGCACAGAAAGGGCCUGUGAGUCUCCAGGAGGCUAUCCGUGAACAGGCGUCUAGCUACUCCCUCCAGCAGAGGGACCUCCAAGACCUCAUGGUAGACCUGAGGAGCCUGGUGCAUGCUGGGCAGGGCCAAGGCUCUGGGUCACUGGCAGGUACUUCCCCCACCCGAAACAAAGACACAGAUGUUCUUUCAGCUGCCUUGAAAGAGCAGCUCAGUCAUUCCCGGCAGGUCCAUUCCUGUCUAGAGGGUUUACGAGAGCAACUUGAUGGCCUGGAAAAGACUUGCAACCAAAUGGCUGGGGUGGUUCAGCUUGCAAAAGCCACAGCACACCCACGCUUGGUGGAGCCAGCAGAUGGGGCUCUGCUCAACUCCUUGCUGGAACAGCAGAGUGUGGUGUUGGCCCUGUCUGACAUGGAGCAGAGGCUAAAAGUUCAAGGUAACAGGAACACCGUCUACAGCACACUGGUCACUUGUGUGACAUUUAUAGCCACACUACCUGUGCUCUACAUGCUGUUCAAGGCCAGCUAGCUCCUGGAUCUGCCUCUUGAAGGUCUAAGUGGGUAGGUGUGAUGUGGCUUUCAUUAGUGAAUCCCAGUGAUCAAGUGAGUAUUGGGACAUACACAGCCUCAGCCAAAGUCUGAGCAUCAUCUGCACAACUCACCAGCAGAUGUACUUUGCUUUGUAGGCAAUGCUCAUUUACAUUAAUUAUUACAACUGUGUGAAUGUCCAAUUAAAAUGUUUUAGAAUUUGUA